CCAAAUCUCAUUAUUUCUCAAGGUAAUAACACUGAGGGGUUAUGGUCAGGACCCAGAACUGGUAAACGGACCUGGAUGGUGGACAGAAGGAAAAAUUUGAGAACUACAGUACUUUAUUAUAGCUACAAGAAGCAACUCUUUCACAUGUUUAUCAGUAAGAAUAGAACAAUGAUUAGACUUAGCUUGUUUAAGCAUAUGGUAAAACUCAUUCACAGACAUACAGAAAACUUUGGGCUAUGUGAAAGUGUCUCAUGCAGGACAUUUUCUAAACAUUUAGGACAAUGUAUUCCUGUGGCUCAGCAGGAGCUGGUUUUGACUCAUUUCCUGCUUCUCCAACUACAACUACUGCACUCAUCUGCUUGGCUCUUUUCUUACAUCGUCUAAAGGCGAAAGGAUCUUCACUAGAUGAGAAAUCAACAAUCCACACAGGAAAGUGACCAUGCUAAAAAGAUGGAGGUCCGAUCUAUCAAGAAUGGCAUCAUCUUCUGCACCAUUGUGGCUUUGCUACUUACCUUGUAUUGUGGAUUGCAAAACAGAGUUAAAUCCUCCUACUUCAGUUACUCAAGAGGCAGUGGGAAUGUGACCAUUCUCAUCUGGUACUGGCCUUUUGGCGACAUGUUAACCCUAAAGGGAAAUGUGUGCUGGGAUCGGUACAAAAUACCAAACUGUUUACUGGUGGAUCAGCGCUCCUUUUUCCCCUCAGCUGAUGUUGUUCUGUUCCACAACAGAGAACUGAUACAAGGAAGCCAGCAGCUUCCAACCGAACUCCCACGUCCACAAGGCCAGAGAUGGGCCUGGAUGUCACUGGAGUCUCCUGCUCACAACGGAAACUUAAAGAAGUUUGCAAAUAUCUUCAACAUGACCAUUUCCUACAGGAGAGAUGCUGAUGUUACCAUACCUUAUGGUGAGCUGAAACCUUUAGAGACUGAAAGUAAUCUGGUGGAGGACAGCCAUAUAAAUAAGACCUCUUUGGUCUGCUGGGUGGUCAGCAACUACAUGGACCACCACAGAAGAACCCAAGUCUACAAAGAACUCAGUGCCACGGUUCCUGUGAAGGUUUAUGGACGCUGGAAUAAAUUGCCGCUCUCCUCUGAAGACCUCUUACCAACAAUCUCUCGCUGCUACUUUUACUUGGCUUUUGAGAACUCUCUGGCAAAAGAUUAUGUGACUGAGAAGCUGUGGCAGAAUGCUUACAGAGCAGGGGCUGUACCCGUUGUACUAGGACCCCCAAUAAGUGACUACAAAGCUGUGGCUCCAGAACAUUCUUUUAUCCAUGUCGAUGAGUUUUCAUCAGUACAAGAACUGGGGAAGUAUCUUCAAAGGCUUGCAGAGGACAGGAAGAAAUAUGAGGAAUAUUUUAACUGGAAAAAACACUGGAAGGUGAAAGUUCAUGGGGACUGGAUCGAAAUGCUGUGCAAGAUAUGUUUACAAUACAGCAGUUUACCUCUGCACAAAGUUUAUUCAGAUCUAGAGGCCUGGGACAAGGAAGGAUAUAGACCAUGAAUUUUCAUUUAUUUCUUUUGUUGGUGACUGAAUAAA